UUGGGGACCGCAGAAGACCGCACUCCACGUCCCACCCGCCCCUUCGUCACUUCGCUCGCCUCGUCCUCUUCUUCCGCUUUUUUUGUUUUUUUUGACCCGUGCGAAUCAGUUUUCUUCCUAAUCAUAGACUCAAUUUUACACUCCCCCGGCUGAAAACAUCACAAAAAUCAUAAAUUUUGUUCUAUUCUCUGCUAAAAUUCCUAUCAAGUGAAUCCCUAUCUAUUUAUUUUGGGGAAAUGGAUCUUCCCUUGCUUGGUGCCCCCAAAUUUCAAUCCUAUCAGUGCUCGAAUGGAGCCUUCUUGGGGCAAAAUCAAACGAUGUCGAUGUCGGGAAUUUGAGGUUUGUCUUAGAUCCUUUGGCUUUAUUUGCUGUAUAGAAAUCGAUGGCUUCGGAGCCUGCGAUUGUGGAGAUUAGCUCCGAUGACGAGGAGGAUUUUUCUUUGGAUAAAUGGGACUCGUUCGAUUGGGUCGAUGACCUUGUCGAUCGCACCAACGGAAGGGUGGAGGAAGUCGACGACGUCGUGGUGGUGGACGAGUUUUCUUCCCCGCCUCCGCCGAAGCAGAAGAAGAAUUCUGAGUUGUUGAGGCCGGGUACGGUUGCCGCGGGGGAUGAGUCCGAUGAUGAUUGCUUGGUGUUGGACUCCGAUCCCGAUCAUCCAGUCUCGGUUAUUGACAAGGACGACGGAGAAGAUGGAUCCGAUGACCUUCUCAUAGUCGGAGAGAAGGGGCAGUUGGCUUGCAGGGAUUACCCUCAUCCACGGCAUCUAUGCGCUAACUUUCCUUUCAGCACCACAUCACAUGAAAAGCAUUGCAACUUGUGCCACUGUUAUGUCUGUGACUCUCCAGCCCCAUGUAUCUACUGGGGCAAUGGUAGUGCGAGCACCGACCAUUGUCAUUCUACAGAUAAAGAUGGAAGAUGGAAAUCACUAAGGCAAUCCUUCAAACAAAAGAACCUCACAGCUUCUCAGCCACAGAAGCUUCCUGAUACAACACUUUCCAUGAUGCCAUCCUUUCAAAACUCAGCAUCUCUACGUUGCUCCAACAUGUCUUCACGACCCAUUUUGUCGUCCAGUUCAAAUACCCUCCAGCCUUGCUCAGCCACUAGAUGUGCCACUCCAGAUCCACCUAACCAAAGACACCAACAGAAUACGGCACCUCUAUCUUACAGUGUUCAGAGGCUUGGUCGUUAUCCAUCCAAAUCCCACCCACUAAAUCCCAAAACACGAUGUAUACAAAGGCAGAUUCGUGUUUCUGGUUCUUUCACUGCUCAAUUAGUGUAUUCUCGUACAAGAUUUAAAAGGGUUGGGACAGGUCAAGCUGGUCCUGUGAGCUUGAGUCAGAACCGAUCACCAUGCAGUGUUUUGAACAAUAAUCAGUUCCAGAGAAAUGGACUGCAGAGAUCUCAUUUCACAACAGUAACUUCACAGAGAUCUCAGUGCUCUCCAAUGACAUCAGAGUGGUCUCAGUGCCCUCAAGUGACGUCACAGAGGUCUCAAUGCUUACCAGUGACACCGCCUCAGAGAUCUUAUUCUGCACCAGUAACAUCUCAGAUGUCUCAGUGCCCAUCAGUAACAUCAGUGGAUGAUAAUGUGAAUCAGAUGCACAGAACUGCACCACAGAGAUCUCAAUGUGUGCCAGUAAUUUCACAGGGCUCCCAGUGCCCACCAGCGACUCCGGUAAAUGAUAACAUGAAAAGUUGGCUGGAUAUACUUGCUGGUGUGGCAUCUGAACUGGGAGUCUCUGACAGUAACAGCAGAGAUGCUGCCCCAUCUGUUCAAGAACUACUUAUGGUUUCUUCACAACCCCCGUCAUUCAGUCAAUUUGGUUCUGAGACAAACGCAAGUCAAGAUGUGGGUAUUUGUGGUCCUUCAGCACCUGAAGCGACCAACAUGAAUUCAUUAGAUUUUGAUUGCGGAUGGUUGAACCCAGCAGCUCAAAGUAUUCUGGAAAAUGGUCAGGGAGAGGAUCCCCAGCUGGAAAAUGUAGAGCCAUCUGACUUACUGAUUUCUGGAAGCAAGCAGGAUCCAGGAGAGACCCAGUUGGGUAGCUUUCUAGCCUCUUUAGAGGACAUAGUAGCAGAGACUGCAAAAGAGCCAGGGAAACCAGAACUCGAUCCUGUUACACUGCUCUAUGACUUUGAAGCCACAUGGAGUGGCUUAGCACCGGAACUUAUUUUUACAUGAGUAAAUUAUGAGAUGGAUUAAUUGGUUCAUGCAGUGAAGUUUUGGUGAAUUUGGCUUCGUUGAUGGAAUGCUUAGAGUCAUGAUGGUGUAUCCAACUUGACUAACGCGUGGCCUACACAAUAUCUGACCCGUUCUAUCUUGACUCAACCAAUGUCAACUUGAGUCUUCCCGGACUAACUGAGCGGGCAUCAUAGAGGAAAGAAGAAAAGGAACAGAACUUUGAGAAUAUGUAACAGUGUACUUUGUCAAAAAAGAAGUUAUUUAGAUGACAUAAAAGUAAUUGCUUGUUAAUAUACGUUAGCUGAUAAACACAUUUGAAGUUCUUUCACUAGAAAAUGGUUUUUUUGAUAAGUAGGCAAAUUAGGGUUUUCCAAAUGCGCAUACCUUGAUAUGAAGCUGAAUAUAUAAGAGUUAUAUUGUUCUAGAUGUUACACUAACUUCACUAGUA